CUCUUUCUUCUAUCUACCAAUUACUGCUACCCUCCCAGACAAGUCUGGUACCAUUUUGCCGACCACGGAGGAGUGGAGGGCUUAGUGGGCCAUGGACGCGAGGAUCGGUUCCACGUAUGUGUCGCAGGGACCCUCCAACCACUUACCGGAAAAUGUCGGCUAAUUGGAUUUAUAAACUUUUUGCAUACAAGUACACUUACGCUGUACAAAAACCAGUCAGGAGCGAUUUUCAUCAAUCGUGAUGGUAAACUGUUCGCUUAUGCUCUACAAUUUAUGAGGGAUGGUAAGCGAACAGCUCUUCCUCAAAACUUUGACAUUCUCAGACAGAUAGCUUGCUUCAACCACAGUGCAUUUAUUCAUCGAGUAACUCUUGUGGAUAUUAGUGAAAUCUCCAUUCAUGUCUGCUGUGCGUAA